AUGGUCCUGUGCCAGUCUGGGGAUGAGGAGGAAGAUGCCAAUCGCUGCAAGGACCGCCUGAACUCCCUGGCCAUCUCUGUCAUGAAUCAGUGGCCCGGGGUGAAGCUGCGGGUGACGGAGGGCUGGGACGAGGAUGGGCACCACUCGGAGGAGUCACUGCAUUACGAGGGCCGAGCUGUGGACAUCACAACCUCGGACCGAGACCGCAACAAGUACGGCAUGCUGGCUCGCCUGGCCGUGGAGGCUGGCUUCGACUGGGUCUACUACGAGUCCAAGGCGCACAUCCACUGCUCUGUCAAGUCAGAGCACUCGGCCGCUGCGAAGACAGGGGGCUGCUUCCCUGGGCGGGCGCUGGCGACGCUGGAGGACGGUGCCCGGACACCCCUUUGGGCACUGCGCCCGGGCCAGCGGGUGCUGGCGAUGGACGGGGCAGGCAGGCCCACCUACAGCGACUUCUUGACAUUCCUGGACAAGGAGCCCCGUGCUCUCACCUCCUUCCACGGCAUCUUUGUGCGGGUGGUGGCGGGGGGAGGCGGCUUGCGGCCCGCCGAGGUGGUGGCCGUGAGGGACCGGAGGGACGUGGGAGUCUAUGCCCCGCUGACACGCCACGGGACGCUGGUGGUGGAUGGCGUGGUGGCCUCAUGCUUCGCCCUGGUGCAGGAGCAACAUCUGGCACAGCUGGCCUUCUGGCCGCUCCGGCUUUACCACAGCCUGAUGGGGUGGCCAGGGGUGCAGGGGGAUGGUGUGCACUGGUACUCAGGGCUUCUCUAUCACCUGGGCAGGCUGCUCCUGCCCCCUGACAGCUUCCACCCGCUGGGGGUACCCCAGGCAGAGAGCUGA